AUGACAAUAUUUAAACUCAAUGGACAUGUUGAUCGUCAUAAUUCUGUCUAUUGGGCAACUCAUAAUCCAAAUGUUAUAUUUGAACAAACAAUGCAAGCAGAAGGGCUUAUUGUAUGGGCUGGAAUUUGGUCUCAGGGUGUGAUCGGUCCUUACUUCUUCGAGAACAUGGUGACUGGUCAAAGUAAUGUUAAAAUGUUGAAUGAUUACUUCUAUCCAUUCUUUUGUGGCGUAUCAGAUAACGAAUGUUUUUUUUUCAUGCAUGAUGGCGCGCCAGCACACUAUGCGUCUAAUGUUCGCGAUUGGCUAGCCGAAAAGUUUCCAGCAAGGUGGAUCGGUCGCCGCGGUGCACUUGAUUCGCCUGAUCGAGCACCUAAUCUUACUCUUGCUGACUAUUUUUUGUGGGGUUAUUUGAAAGAUAUUGUUUUCAAAAGAAGCAUCGAACCUUAA